AUGCCGUCCACCAUCAUCCCGGCGUCGCGCAACGCCUCAGCCUCCAGCAGACAAGCCAGCGGCACCUUCACGGGGACAGUGUGGAUGGACCCGAUCUACAUCGACGCGGGGCCCAACAUCAACAUCAACCACGUCAUGUUCACGCCCGGGGCGCGCACGUACUGGCACACGCACGAGAAGGGCCAGCUUCUGCGUGUGCUGGCGGGCUCGGGCUGGGUGUGCGACAAGGGCGGCGAACCCAGACGUCUGAACGUCGGCGACACGGUCUGGUGCGACCCCGGGACAACCCACUGGCACGGUGGCGAUGAUGGGAGUUUCAUGCUCCAUCUCGCCGUCAGCCACGGCAAGACGGUCUGGCACGACGAGGUCACGCAGGAAGAGUAUCAGGCCAAGAAGAAGUGA